CUCGAAACGUCUUGACGUUGGGUGUGCGGCGUUGUGUCAUUCCAAAAAAACAUGCUUGACCUUGAUGAAGUGUUCACGGCGGCGACGCGGGAUGCGCACUUCAACGACGUCCGGCAGACGUGGCUUCCCAAUGGCCUGCGGAUCGAGUAUGCAAUGCACGGCGACGACGCUGCGGCAGACAAAGUUGUGAUGCUAAUGGGCAUGCAAGGUGAAAAAGAAGCGUGGCUUCCCUUGAUGUCCACGUUCCUCCAUCCUGCGAACGGCACCGCGUCGUCUAAGUACCAACUGGUCACGAUCGACAACCGCGGGGUCGGCGGCUCCGACAAGCCGUGGGGAUGGUACUCGACGACUCAAAUGGCGCGAGACGCGUUGCUUCUCAUGGAUCACCUGCGCUGGCCCAAGGCGCACGUCGUCGGCGCCAGCAUGGGCGGCAUGAUCGCGCAAGAGCUCGCGUACAUGGCACCAGAGCGCGUGCAGUCACUGGCGCUGAUGGUGACAACCCCCGGGUUCCGGCAAGGUGCGCUGCCCGGUUUGUCCCAGCUCGCGUCGUACGCGUCGUUGGUGCAAAACCUGUUUUACCCCACCCAUCACCGCGUCGCAUCCACGAUGAUCUCCGUGUUGUUCCCGGACGAGUACCUCAAGUCCUCUUCAUCGUCUACCUCUUCAUCCCAUAAUCCAACCGCAAGUUCGGACGUGAUCACCACAACGCAAGAUGUGCUAUACAAGCAUCACAUGGAGCGCCUCGGUCAGGUCCAAAUGUCGCUCAGCGGGAUGCUGGGCCACUACACGGCCGUGCUCUUCCACAACGUCGACCGCGAUCGGCUCAAAGUGAUUGCCGACUCGGACUUUCCCAUCAUGAUCAUCGGCGCCAAGAUGGAUCGCAUGCUGCACCCAGACAACUCGGAGUACCUCGCGCGCACGCUCAGCGGCAAACACACGACGGCGCUUGUGUUUGAACAUGCCGGCCAUGAUGUCCACGUGCAGCACCGCCGCGAGAUCUCGGAAGCGUUGGACCAACUGUUUAUGUCUGCCAGACGCAAGAAGCAGCACCCCCGACAAGGACGACGACUCUCUGCAGGGCAAAAGAAGCGAAAGGGGUCGCGAUGAAGGAGCAUAGCAUACAGUAAUAGCAUCGAAUCGAGGCACCAAGUAUGUAUUACUACUACUGCUACUACAGUACUAC